AUGGAUUCGUUGAACGCCAGCGGAAUGGACGCGUUCACGGUGGUCCAUCUGAAUUCCUCCUGGAGUCUGGACAGUGGAUAUUCUUUAGCAGCGAUAGCCAGCAUUGCUGCACUUGUAAGUUUUCUCAUUCUCUUUACGGUUGUUGGGAAUAUUCUGGUGGUUAUCGCGGUGUUGACGAGCAGGGCGCUGAAAGCCCCACAGAACCUUUUUCUGGUGUCUCUGGCCACCGCGGACAUCCUGGUCGCCACUUUGGUGAUGCCGUUCUCCCUGGCGAAUGAACUCAUGGGCUACUGGUAUUUUGGAAAAGUUUGGUGCGGUAUUUAUCUGGCUUUGGAUGUUUUGUUCUGCACUUCGUCUAUUGUCCAUCUGUGCGCAAUAAGCCUGGACCGCUACUGGUCCGUUACGCAGGCUGUAGAGUACAAUCUGAAGCGGACUCCCAAACGCGUCAAGUGCAUCAUCUUAAUUGUUUGGCUCAUAUCUGCUUUCAUCUCAUCCCCGCCGCUCAUAUCUAUAGACAGCAACACUGAGAUCAGCUCUCAGCCUCAGUGCGAGCUCAAUGAUGACACCUGGUACAUCCUCUCCUCCAGCAUCGCGUCCUUCUUCGCCCCCUGUUUGAUCAUGGUGCUGGUGUACAUCAGAAUAUAUCAAGUGGCCAAAACCAGAACCAGAAGCAUGUCGGGAAAAGAUCAAAACCCAGAUGGUGUCACACACACUGAGAAUGGACUGAGCAAAGCCACCUCCCCUUUCCAUGGCGAGAGAGAGAACGGUCACUGUCAGUGCCCGCCUACGCCCAGCCAACGCACCGUCACCAUCGCGCCACAGACUGAAGACGGCGACAUGGAGGAGAGCUCCUCAUCAGAGGGCAAAGGUCAAAAGCAGGAGGACACCAAGAGAGCCAAAAGCAGGAAGAAAAACUCCAUCUCCAAACAGUCCACACGCAUCUCCAGAGUCAGUAACAAAUCCAUGGACCUCUUUGCCUCCAGGAGGAAACGUCGCCGGAGCUCCUUAGCCAGGAAAAAGGUGUAUCAAGCCAGGGAAAAGAGGUUUACUUUCGUUCUGGCUGUGGUCAUGGGGGUGUUUGUUGUGUGCUGGUUCCCCUUUUUCUUCAGCUACAGCCUGUACGGUGUGUGCAGGGACUCCUGUAAGAUCCCUGACCCACUCUUUAAAUUCUUCUUCUGGAUUGGCUACUGUAACAGCUCCCUGAACCCUGCCAUCUACACCAUCUUUAACCGGGACUUCAGGCGCGCCUUCCAGAAGAUCCUCUGCAAGUCAUGGAGAAAGUCCUUUUAG